AUGCAUAUCAAGAGUUUGGUCGCCGAGACGGAGAAGUCGAAGGCCCCGUCCUUCUCCUUCGAGUAUUUCCCUCCGAAAACGGCCCAGGGUGUCCAGAAUCUUUACGAUCGUAUGGACCGCAUGAACAACUUUGGACCCAAGUUCAUUGACAUUACAUGGGGUGCCGGUGGUGGCAUUGCAGAGCUGACCUGUGAAAUGGUUGUUCAGGCUCAGGCUGUCUAUGGCCUCGAGACCUGCAUGCACCUUACCUGCACAGACAUGGGACUUGAAAAAGUCAAUGAUGCCCUGCAAAAGGCGUACAAGGCUGGAUGCACUAACAUUCUUGCCCUCCGUGGUGACCCUCCCCGUGACCAAGAAUCGUGGACUGCUGCAGAUGGAAACUUCCAGUAUGCUCGCGAUCUAGUCAAGCAUAUUCGUGACACAUAUGGCGACCACUUUGACAUUGGUGUUGCUGGCUACCCCGAAGGCUGCGACGACAAUAAGGACGAGGAAUCGCUGCUUGACCAUCUCAAGGAGAAAGUGGACAUGGGAGCUGGUUUCAUUGUCACGCAGAUGUUCUACGAUGCGGACAACUUUAUCCGAUGGGUUGGCAAGGUCCGCGAACGCGGCAUCACCAUCCCCAUCCUGCCCGGAAUCAUGCCCAUUGCCACGGUCCCUCCAGACUGGAUGGCCAAGCUCGAGCCAGUCAAGAACGACGAUGUGGCCGUGCGUGAAAUUGGUAAGACUUUGGUUGCCGAAUUGUGCAAGAAGCUCCUUGCCAAUGGCAUUCACCAUCUUCACUUUUACACCAUGAACCUUGCUCAGGCCACUCGCAUGGUCCUCGACGAGCUGAACUGGACCCCUUCGGCCGAAAACCCUCUCAAGCAAGCCCUCCCCUGGAAGCAGUCCAAAGGCUUUGGCCGACGCGACGAGGACGUGCGCCCCAUUUUCUGGCGCAACCGCAACAAGUCCUAUGUUAUUCGUACUCAGGACUGGGACGAGUUCCCCAACGGUCGAUGGGGUGACUCUCGCUCGCCCGCUUUCGGAGAGCUCGAUGCCUAUGGCAUUGGCUUGACUGGCACCAACGAGCAGAACCGCAAGAAAUGGGGCGAGCCCGCGUCGAUCCAGGACAUUGCCAACACGUUUGUCCAGUACCUUGAGAAGAAGCUCGAAACUCUGCCCUGGAGUGAGUCAGGUCUUGCCGCCGAAGCUGAUCCCAUCAAGGACGACCUCGUGGCUCUCAACAAGCGAGGUCUCCUCACCAUCAACUCUCAGCCUGCAGUGGACGGCGCCAAGUCCAACCACCCUGUUCACGGCUGGGGACCUUCAAACGGCUACGUCUACCAAAAGGCCUACCUCGAGCUGCUGAUGCCACCUUACCUCUUGGAGGAGAUGAUCAGCCGCCUUGACGAUUUCCCCAACUUGACCUACUAUGCUGUUACCAAGAACGGACAGCUCAAGUCCAAUGCGCCUUCAGACGGCCCCAACGCCGUCACCUGGGGAGUUUUCCCCGGCAAGGAGAUUGUGCAGCCUACCAUUGUUGAGUCUGUCAGCUUCCUGGCCUGGAGAGAUGAGGCUUUCCGACUGGGUGUCGACUGGGCUCAUUGUUUCGAUGCCAACACUCCUAGCCGCGCGCUGAUCGAGGGAAUCAUGAAUGAAUGGUAUCUCGUUAACAUUGUGAACAAUGAUUUCCGCGAGAACAGCACCAUUUUCGGGUUCCUCGAAGGCCUUGAAGUCAAGGACCUUGCCGUCCCUGUCACUCUCACGGCUUAA